UACAGUUCUAUGUGUCGUAUUCAGUUAAUGAGCGUUAUUUUUGUAACAACACCUCGUUCUUCUUUGUUUUAAGAAGCUGGCUAAUUGUCAUAGAAACCAGGAAUUUAUAUGGACAACAGCGCAGGUCAGGUCUUUGAUAGUUUUCCCUUAACUAAGGAAAUAUAGUCUGCUGACUUGACGUAAGACGCAAGACAGCGAUCAAUAAUAGUCUUAGAACUCAAUCAUUGCUUUUAUUAGUUAAGAUGAAACGAAAAUCAUGUUUGGCUCCAGCGCCUAAACGACAACAAUGCCAUGUUCCUUUGGGAAAUCAAAAAACAAUAAGUUCCCCAAUGCUGUAUUAAUACACUAUUCUUAAGCUUUUGGACGUAAAGCCCUUUAUUUAAGUUCUCUAUGCUAAAUUAAAUGUCAUUGUUAUCUUAGAAUACACAUCAGAAUAUUACUAAAGCUCCGUGAUAUGUGUUGAUCAAUUUCAAGUCUUGGAAGGUCCUUAUAUUCACUGAUCAUUCUACACAAGUCACAGAGAAGUUGAAGCAUUCUGCGCGAAAAUGAACAAACUCAAGGAAAACAAACUCUCCAUCACCAUGAAAGAAGCGCUUGCGCGAAACUCCCUUGCUGAGAACAAAAUGAAGGCGAGUGUAAACGCCAUCAGCACUGACAGUAAAAAAAGUCUGCAAAAUUUGGAGUUUUAUAAACAGAAGUACGAAAAACGGCAGAGAGAGCUGCAAAACGAAAAACAACGAAUGUUGCAUUGGGGAUCCGGCGAUGAAAGAAAAAUUUCAGCUCCAGCGUGCAUGGUAACAGUUGUUGAUGUAUCAACUGGUGAAUUGAUAACCGAUUCUCAAAGAGUAUCGAGCGCAACUUCCAGAGAGCGAUCUUUGUCGAUGAGUGCUAAAUUACCUUCUCUAUUGGGAGACGUAAUUGGCAGGACGUCACCAGAUCUAGUGGGUAACACCAAGCAAGGCGGACUUACACUUCCAGUAAUUGGCCCCCAACGAAGAUAUUCAGCGACAAUCUUGACUGGCACACCAUCUUCUGGUUUGAUUGUUCCAACCAUGCAGGCAAAUGACGGACAAACCAGAUCGGCGCCGAGCUCGCCAUGUGCAAUUCGUAGAAAGCUAGCUCGACCUUCAUCUGCAAAAAACAGCAUUUUAAAAACUCCUCCAUCGAGGGAGUUGGAUGGAAUACUCUCUCUUCUGGAUAAAGUGCGCGAAAAACAGGUACCGGAUUUGGAAGAAGCCAUGGCCUUAUUAAGAGAGCAGCGCUGGUUAGAACAAAAAAGAUCGGCAGAGGAGACCGCAGAAAAGGAGGAAAAACUCGUCAAGAAAUCUGGUGCAAGUCCCGAUGAGGCCCCGGACGAUCCUAGUAGUAGAAAGAUCUCUAUUCCUGGAGCUGCAUUAACUUCAACACCUGUUGUCUCUGAACAACCGGCUAAGAAUAGCAGUGAUGUGACAACGUUGGAAGAAAGUUUUCACAAAGUUAAAUUUUGCAAAUAUCUUCGAACACCAUCUCUGCCUGACGAGGAAGAAAAACUACCUGAUGAACUGAUACCAAAAAACUUAAUAGUGGGGCACACACAGUGGUUACCAGGAGACUCUAGAGCCACCCAUCGCAACUGA